AAAAGUACAUUAACAUGCAAAACAUGUUUUUCUGACAGUUUCUUCAUCCGAUGUCACCUGACACAAAAGCCCAGAACGCUUUGUUUUCAAUUGGAUCCAGAGACAUCUGUCUGGUGCUUAAAACUUAUAUUAAACGAGAUCAUCAGUGUCCAUCCUCAACAACAACGAUUGUUCAUCCGAAGAAACUUUCGUAACUUCGAGCUUUGUAACUUGCUGACACUUCAUGACUAUGGAAUACAACAGGACGAGAAUAUCUCACUCCGCCUGUGUACUGAUGGCCUACUGGGCGGUGGACCAAAAGCGGAAAUAUCAGAGCUGACUCUCUCCGAUGUCGCCGGGAAGCUUGGUCACGAUUGGAAGGAUCUUGCAAUACACCUUGGCUUCACAUCCGCAGACAUCUCGACCUUCGAGGCCGACAACCCAGGCAAUGUCAACCAUCACACAUUCCAGAUGCUGGUAGCAUGGCGAAACAGGCAGCCGACCAUUGGAGGUCAGAUGGACGUGUUGUGUGCAGCAUUGGCCAGGAUCGACAGAAAUGACAUCGUCUCGUUCCUUCAAGGACGUCACAAGAAAUCAGAGCAGCCCGUUGGCUCUCAGCCUGCUGAUGAUGCUGGUACUUCCACCAGGCCGUCUACAAGUCAGAUCCCCCAAACAUCAGGAGUUACAUCUAGGGAGGAGGUUGGCACUCAGCCUGCUGAUGAUGCUGGUACUUCCACCAGGCCGUCUACAAGUCCGAUCCCCCAAACAUCUAGAGUUACAUCAAGGGAGGAGGUUGGCACUCAACCUGCUGAUGAUGCUGGUACUUCCACCACGCCGUCUACAAGUCCGAUCGCCCAAAUAUCAGGAGUUACAUCAAGGGAGGAGGCCGUCUACGAGUCCGAUCCCCCAAACAUCUGGAGUUACGUCAAGGGAGGAGGUUGGCACUCAGUCUGCUGA